AUGAACAACAUCAAUAAUAAUGGCAACUCAAAGGAGUGGACAUGGGAUGAUGAUAAAGGCUUCGAGCAAAACCUCUUAGAAUAUCUAGACCUCGAGGGCCAAUGGGACAAGCCAGCUGUUCUUGUUCCAUCGUCAACGACUGAAGUAAAGGAGCAUACUCAGGUGAUUACGGAAGAUCACUUGGAUGAAAAUAAAGCUACUCCGGUUAAGAAGAAGAUCAAGAAAGUGCUUCAUUGGAAAGAAGAAGAACACAGGUUGUUUCUAGAGGGGCUUGAGAAGUACGGCAAGGGAAAUUGGAAAGCGAUUUCAAAACAUGUUGGUACAAGAUCGUAUACUCAAGUUGCUAGCCAUGCUCAAAAGCAUUUCAUUCGAAUAGGAGUUAAUCAACAAAGUGAUAAUUCAUCAAAAAAGAGUAAAAGAAAGAACAAGUUUGACACAACCAAAUGGAAUGGAGAUUUCCACCCUCUUCUAUAUAGGGAUUAUAUUCCACCUCCCCAUCCUUCUUCAAAUCUUCAAACACAACCAAUUGUAUAUCAGUAA